AUGCUAACUUUGGAGACUCAAAAUAUUUAUAGUGAACGUGAUAAAAGCUUUACAGAUCUACAGGAAGUGAUAAGGUCUGUUAGCGUUUGGCUUCUCUACGUGAACUCUACCCUUACGCCUAUUGUUUAUGCUAACAGGGAUGGAGUGCUGAGGCGUCGCUUUCUCAGUUUCUGGACUUUCGAACGUCGGAGUAAGAAGUCACAAGAUACUAGUGAAAACGAGGUUAAUGGUAUAAGACCUGGAGUCACUAUGACGAGAUCCGGUGGUCAGAAUGAGCGUCAAAGACUUCCGUUAACUGGAUAUGUCUGCGCAAAUGCAGAAGAGUAG